UUUCCUGUCACCCCUUGAACCUUGCUUAAUGUCAGCUUUGGAUCUCACGCUUACAAGAGGAAAGGGAGUUUGAUGAGGAACUGAUUUUGUCACCCUUGAUUGUUUCUAAAUAGGGGAAUGUAACUUAGGUUCAUUCCUUUUUAAAGCGUCUUUCUAGCACAGCUUUAUUUAGGUAGGCAUAGUUGCUGUCUUAGGAUUCGAUCAGUUAUGGCUUAAUUAGCAACAGGUGAUGUCAGCAUAGUAUCAUUCAGGUCAGUAAGGCUGUGACUGCAGACAUGCUUUUCAUGCUAAACAUCUAGAAUUGCAUUAUGCCCUUUGUAUGCAGGUCGAGUGAGUGUAAUUCCUGGCAUCGUGAAGCUUCAGGCUGCAUUUAGCAUAGAUCUAUUUGAUGGUUUCAUCACAAAUAAUGAGAAGGAAUUGAUGCUUCAUCCGAAGUUAAUAAAACACAUUGCAGUGCAGAGAGUGUUUAUUUACUGCAGACUUGGAACUGUAGCAAAAUGGAGAAAUCCAGAAGCAGUUCAAAAUCUCUGAAGAUGCAUGAAAUCCAACAACUACAAAGGCAUCAAAUGUCUGCAACUGGGCAAUCUGUUGCUCUCCAGUCUGCUAGACCCCAAUUUCAGGACACAGGUCAUGACAAUCUGGAUGAUGUUGGGUAUAUCUGGCAUCAAAAAAGAAGGCUAAAAGAAUUCCAAAUCAGAUACCUAGCAAGAAAAUUCUUCUAUCUGUGGGCAAAAAAGACAUUUGGACAAGUUCUCCCUUCCAAAGCCAGGUGCUUUUAUGACCAGAAGAUUCUUCAAAAAACUUUUGAAGAGUGGUGGGCUGUUUGUGGAGAAAGGAAGCUCAGCUUCAGAGCAGAGAGCCAUUACAGGCAUUUACUCCAUAAUUUGAUAUUCAAAGCUUGGAGAGCCUACAUAUGCCAGCAACAAGAAAAGAGGAACAAGUACUGUGUUGCAGAGUCUCAUGCAAGGAAGCAAACGUUGCUCAAGACGUGGCGAUGCUGGCUGCUUUAUGUGGAUGUUCAAAGGAUAAAGCAUGGGAUGCAGGCUGUGGCGCUGGCAUUCAGGGAGAGAAGCUGCUUGUGCCUAUCAUGGGCAGUUUGGAGGCAGCGAUACUACCAGAAUGUUCUGGCCCUGCAGCACUGGGCCCAGAGCCUGCAAUUUCGAGCUUGGUGGCAGUGGUGGGAGCUGUAUUUAUACAGCCAGAAUGACAGGCAGAAGGAGACCAGGGCAGUAGCUCACCAUCAGCACUGGGAAUUGAAGAGAUGCAUGGAAGUGUGGCUGAGAUACUUGCACCUCCAGAGAGCAAAGAAACAUCAGAAUGAGAGAGCCCAAGAGCACCACCAGAGCAGGAUGGUCCGGCAGUGUUUCUCUAAAUGGCACCUAUCAUGGGAGUGCAGGAGAAGAAUGCGUGCUCAAGAAGAAGAUACUGAAAAACUAGCAGGAAGGAUUGCCCAACAGAUGGACUUUGCACACUGGAAGCAUUAUGUUGUACUGUAUAUGGAAGACACUCGACAGCGUGAGCUGGCUGAAAAACACUACAAGCAUCAUCUCUUGAAACUUGGGUUUAAGGGACUGUGGCAGAAUGUCAUGACCACUCAUCUUCAGCAAAUGAGAAGAAAUCUGGCAUACUGUCAGCAUGAAGUUACAGUGCUGCAGAAAUUCUGGAACUGUUGGAAGUCCCGUUUGGAAAAGAAGGAGGAAGAACAGCAGCAGGCCUUAACAGAAGUGGCUUAUGCCCAUUAUAGGAGGCUGUUGAUGAGGCAGGUAUUUGACACGUGGCUGCUGAGGACCUGCAAGCAGCAAGAAUACCAAAGAGCAGAGAAGAGGGCUGUACUUCAUUUUGAAAGGCAACUGUUGCGUGGUUUCUGGUGCUUCUGGCAUAGAAGAACAGCUGCACGUUUGGAGGAGCAAAAGGGCUUGGUUUGUGCAAGCAAUCACUACAGUAACCUGCUGCUGCUCAAGGCUUUCUGUCUGUGGAAGCAAAACACUCAGGAGAGAAAAAUGGAGAGGCUCAAGGAGAUGCAAGCCUUAAGAUUUCACUAUUCAAAGUGUCUGCAGCAUUCUUGGCACAAGUGGAGGGAGUACGUGGGACAUCAACGUGAGAAAUGGAAGAAGUUGGUGGAAGCAGAGGUGCACUAUCAGCACACGCUACUGAGCAAGACCUUGGCAGCCUGGAAGAGUUACCAACAUAACGUGCAGUGCAUUCUGUCCCAUGUAGCUGAAAAGGAGAAGCAGCACAGGAGGCGGCAGCUGCGACAGCUUCUGGGUACAUGGAGAGAAAAUGCCCUUGAAGCUAAGGCAACUGCUCGGGCAGAUGAGCACUACAGGAGAGCAAUCCUGUCAAAGGUGUUGCUACAGUGGAAAUACACUGUCUUGUUGCAAGGCUACUACUGUCAGCAGAAGAGGACAGCUGUGAUGGAGGCCAGAAGACAUUUGAAUACAUUGCAUUUGCAGGCCCUGUUUCUUCGCUGGAAGAAAUUAACUUGGGAGUCUUUGCUGAUGAGGGCUCAGCAGCACAGGGCAGUACAGCACCACCAGCAGCACCUACUCCAGAAGUACCUGGUGAAGUGGAAGAAGUAUCAUCAGCAGUGCCUUGGGCACAUGCUGUUGCAGCAGCCAUGGGAAGAGCCCAAGACAGCACAAGCAUUGUGGCACUGGUCCCUUUCAUUGCAGAGAAAGGUAUUUGAUGCUUGGCACAGGUUUGCCAAGGAGCAACAGCAGAAGAAAGAUAGCAUUGAAAAAUCCACAGGAGUUCACCACACUACUUUUCUGAGAGAAGGUGCAGCCUGGGUCUUGAGCUACACUGCUGGCAUGAAACAGCUACAGGGACAGCUCCAAGCCCAGCACCAGCUGAAGGCAGCCUAUGACCUUCACCAGUCAGUGUAUCGUUGUGCCAUGCUGUGGAAACGGAAGGCUCUCUCCAAGAAAUUAAAUAAGCCUUUAUCUUUUCUGUCACAUCUGAAGCAGCAAGUGGCAUUGAAAAUGCCUGAUGUUGGCCCUGAGGCAAGAGGACACUCAACAGGGGAGGAACCUUCAAAAUGCGAUCAUCCACCGUUUCACCUUGCUGAUGGGAACUCAAUUUUCAGAGAUCUGACUGCUAUUCAACGAGCAAGGUUACUACCACAAAGGCCUGACUUCCUCCUGGAAUCUCUAGGAAGCAAGGAACUGCUGAGACCCCCUUUUACUAGAUCAGAGGCCCCCUUUCAGCAAACAUCGGUGAACAAAUGUGCUGUGCAGUCUGGGAACUUAAUGCUCACGCCUCAGAUGGAAAUAAGUCCCUGCAAAUGUCUGUCUCAAACAGGCAAUACCACUCAGUCCUGUCCAUCUGCUGUACCUGCUGCUCUCCUGUCUGUACCACUGUGGACACCUGCUGUGCACCAUCCUCCUCAGAGUCCAGAGCUACGGACUCCUUCAUCUUUCAUGCCCCAGAUGAAAGCUGGAGCUGAAAUGAGAGGCAGACAGCCUGUGAGUGGUCACAAUGGAGCCCAUUCCCAAGACUCUCAAAAGGACUCUGUGGAGAAGUUGCAAGCAAACUUACAGCCACAUUUGCUGUCACCUGAAGACUUGGUGGGAAAAAAGAAUUGCCAAACUGCAGAAGGGGAAGAAAGGGAGCACAGUUGCAGAGAAGAAAUGGCAUUUCAGAGAGAGCUGGAAAUGGAACUGCAAGGCAUCCAGGAGCAGAUGCAGUACUACUGCAGCAGGAAUCAAGAACUCAAGGCCUGUCAGCAGCAGGCACAGCUUCUACGGAAGUGGCUAAAAAUGAACUUGGAACCAAAGGAUGACGAUCACCUACGAGAGGCUCAGGAAGAACUGCACUGGUUGCAGGUGAGGAUCCAGACUCUUACCCAAGCACAAUCAAGAGCAAGAUGCCACGUGCAGAACCUGCUUGUCCGCCUACACGAUAUCCAGACUGCUCUGGAUACGUAAUGCACCUGAACCAACAUGCCAGCUCAUGGGAACAGAAACCAACCUGGGAAGUGACGUCGGUGUGACACUCUCCAGUCAGUGGGCGAGUGGAAGCAGUGAUAAUCCCCUGGUGCAAGGUAGAUGACACAAUGAUAGAGCUCAUUACCCUCCUUUGUGACUAGUUGUUGCUGAAAAGUGUUACCAGAUGGGCCUGCAAAGACACCACAGAGACAAGGGUUAAAGAUGUUGUUCACACAGUCCUCUACCAUAGCUGAGCACUCUCUGUGAGAAACAGGAGUAAUAGCAGAGGACUAAAUGCAGUCCACAUGCAUUGCCCAGACUACCAAAAGAUGCGCUUUGUCCACAAAUCCAAUAUUUCAGUGUUAAAACAAAAAUCAGAUCAUGUGCUAUUGCAGUAGAAAUUCCUUCAUUUUGGAGUCUCCCCUUCCCUAAACAGAACAGUAAAUACUGAAAUCCAGUAAAGCUUUAUUUUUCUUAAAGCUACCCUUUCAAGCACAGAACUUGUCUCAAAGCAACCCUUUUAAGAACAGAAUUUGUGAUCACUCCCUAUUUUUAUAAAAUGUAGUUGCAUUUGUGUUCAUGUUUAAAAGAACCCUACUAUUUGCAGAA